AAUGCAUAACUCACGUUUGUUUACAUCGUGAUUUCCUGUUCGAAAUCUUGUCUACAAGGUUACGAACACUCCUCUCAGAGAUGCCGGGUUAGAAAUCACCGAGUUUUCACGUCCUGAAGUAUGUUGAGGAGAACUUCCUUGCUGAGAAGAUGGCUGCAACUUGGUGCUGCGGGUUAUCCUUCAAUUGCCCAAACCUACAGUGCUCGCCCGGUGUUGGAUUCUUUUUGUUCUGCUCCAGGAUCCUCACAGUGCCUCACCUGUGGCCCACGUGAGAGAGCCUCUCUGUCCACUUCUGUUAUUGCCUUUAAGAAGAGGAAAUCCAAGGAUGAGAAGAGUUCAGUAUCCCUCAACCCUAAAGGUCUGAAGAAAGAAAAGAAUCCUGUGGUGGGCAUUUGGAAGAAUAUGACUGUACAGGAAUUAGCAGAUGUUCUUGAAAAAGACAUUGAUGAUUUGUAUGAAAUAUUCUUGUUUGUUGACAACAGUGAUCCAUAUGACAGGCCACAGGCUGUCAUUGAUAAUUUAAAGGUUAUACAAGACAGUGUCAAAAAGGCUGGCUUCCGAUUCAAGAUAGAAGGCCCUCCAAAUGAGAAAGAGAAAUUGAAGGAAUAUAAAGAUGCUGUAAGAAGACCCCCAGCUAAAGAGAGCGAACUAGUGCGGCGUCCUCCUGUGGUCACCAUCAUGGGCCACGUUGACCAUGGCAAGACAACGUUGCUGGAUUCAUUAAGACAUUCAUCCAUUGUUGAUACUGAGUUCGGUGGCAUCACACAGCACAUUGGAGCUUUCUCAGUGAAGCUUGACUCAGGGGAUGAGGUGACAUUCCUGGACACCCCAGGUCAUGCAGCUUUCAGGGCAAUGAGGGCUCGAGGAGCCAACGUCACAGACAUGGUAGUCCUGGUUGUUGCAGCUGAUGAUGGGGUGAUGGAGCAAACUAAGGAGAGCAUACAAUUUGCUCAUAAUGCAAAAGUUCCAAUUAUAGUGGCCAUCAACAAGAUAGACAAAGCAGGUGCUGACCUUUCACAGGCCAAACGUGAUCUACUUGAAUGUGGGCUGCAACUAGAGGAGGACGGGGGAGAUGUGCAAGCUGUCCCGGUAUCUGCUUUAAAGGGCCAGAACCUUGACCUGCUGGUAGAAGCUCUGGCAACACAGGCUGAGUUACUCAAUCUACGAGCUGAUCCUUUAGGUUUUGUCGAGGCAGUUGUGGUGGAGUCCAGGACAGAUCCAGGGAGAGGGAAGGUUGCUACUUGUAUCAUCCAGCGCGGUACCCUAAGGAAGGGGGCUGUGUUGGUAGCUGGAAGAGCUUGGGCAAAAGUGCGCAACAUGUUCAGUGAUGGAGGAAAGCCCAUUAAGGCAGCCCCACCUGGAACACCUGUACAGGUGAUUGGAUGGCGGGAUCUUCCAUCGGCUGGUGAUGAGGUGUUGGAGGUGGAGUCGGAGUACAGGGCCACCGAGGUUAUGCAUUGGAGAGAUGAUAUGGCAACAAAAGAGAAGGAAAAGGAGGAGCUAAUCGCCAUACAGGAAAAACUAAAUGAACAUCUGAAGGUGUACCGUGCUCAGCUUGAAGAGAGAAGGAGAUUGGGUAUCAGAUAUAAAGUGCGUCGCAAGGAGCCCAGAGAGAAAGAAAUCAAAGAAAUAGCCACUGGACCAAAAGUAUCAAUUGUACUAAAAGGGGAUGUAGAUGGGUCUAUUGAAGCCAUAUUGGAUGUUUUAGAGACCUAUCACAGUGAAGAAUGUGAUCUUGAUAUCAUAAGUUAUGGGGUUGGUAUGGUCACCCCAAAUGACAUCACAAUGGCAGCUACAUUCUCAGGUUUGAUAUAUGCCUUCAACACCGCAGUACCUCCAGAGAUUAGAAAAAUGGCCCUAGAAAAGAAGGUGACCAUUAAAGAGACCAAUAUUAUAUACCGACUGGUGGAGGACCUCAAGGAAGAGCUAUCAGAGCAGCUUCCUUUGAAAGAUGUGGAAGAGGUUCUAGGUGAAGCCAACCUUUUAGCAGAGUUCGUUGUGACGGAAGGCAAAAAGAAGAUUCCUGUGGCUGGAUGUCGGUGUGUCAAAGGAACACUAAAGAAGGAUGCACUUUAUCGUGUGAUUCGCGGGCAAGAUAUCAUUCAUGAAGGUCCUUUGCUUUCCAUGCGCCACCACAAGUCUGAAGUAGAAACAGUAAACAGGGACAAAGAGUGCGGACUAAUGUUUGAGGACGAGACCCUGAGGUUUGAGCCUGGAGAUCAGAUUAUUUGUUACAAGAUCAAUAAAGUGAAACAAAUCACUGAUUGGGAUCCUGGGUUUUGAGUGCAAACAGUUUCGUUGUAAAUAGUUUGUUGAUAAUUUGUAUAGAAAUAUGAAAAUAAACUGUUACAAAAAAAUGUAGUAU